UAUAGUUAUGUUAAAGCGCGUGCGUUUAUGUACAAAAUCGAUGGAGCUCGUUAAUGCGGGGACAAUGCAGAACCUAAAAUGCACGUGCAACGGUCUUUGUUAACUAAAACCCACCAGCAACAACCAAACAAUCACCUCUAAUAUGUGAAGAAAAACUACAUCAAUACAUAUUUUUGGAACAUCAAAUAAAUAAAAUUAACUUUAUUUUGGUUACAAUAUUUAACAAAAAUGCCUUCUACGGGAAUAUUUGGAUUUGUCUGUAUUCAUUGGUCACUUGGUGGUUUGAUUUUAAUCGGAUUGGCUGCUUCUGAAUAUUCUGGAGCUGGAACUAUCGUGGCAUUAGCAAUUUCUAUAGUUACUGUUACAAUAUCAGCUAUUUGUGGAUUAUAUUACGAUGGAAAAUCAUCUGGCAAACGAAAACCAACAGAUAUUUGCCAUUUCAUGGUAAUUUGGUUCAAUAUUCUUGAAUUAUUAAUGGCUGGAGCGACAUGUGCCAGAAUAGCAAGUGCAACAGUUGAUUAUACAAGCAAUCAAAAAUUGAGAAGUUGGCUUUUUGGAAUAGAAUCACAUUCGUUGGGAGAACCAUGGCCCGAUGUACUUGGUGUUUCGAUAAUUGCAGUUGUCAGUGCGCUGUUUAUGCUCGGCUUAGAAAGAUCUAAACUCUUCAGCGUUCUUCUUUACAUCACCAUGACAUCAGCUUACACUCUAUUUGUAACUGUUGGAUCUCUUCACACUGACAUUAAAUUUUGGAGUUGGACUGAGGAUUUUAUGAACAGAAAUUGGACUUGUAUCUUGGUUACUUCAGCGUUAUGUUCGUAUGGUUUUAUUGGAGAUUUUACAAAACUAAAAGGAAAUACGAGAUACAUAAAAGCAGCAAUUUAUAUAAUAGUCCCAUUUAUUUGUUAUUCUUUAAUCACAUUAACAUUUACAUUGAUGUCACAUUACAGGGAAAUAGCAGGAACUGCAAUACCUUUAGUUCGUGUCUUUGAAGUAAGAGAUGUUGGUUGGCCCCGAUUAGCAAUGGCAAUUUGUACGAUUUGCGUGGUUUGUCUUGUUUUAACCGAAGUAAUGCCCGAAUUAUACGCUUUGGUGAUGUGUUUGGCUAAGAAGGAAUGGCAAAUUUUGGUCACCCCAAUUUUAUACAGAAGCACCACAACAGGGGCGCCAAUUUUGGCGAUUUUCGUUGUAGGAAGUUUAUCGUCAAUUUUGGCUUUCGCCUGCCCCUUAACGUAUUUGGUACGAUUAUUAAACGCUUCGGCAAGACUUAAAGCCACGAUGAUAACGAUGAUCGUUAUUUAUCAAUGUUUUAAAUCAAAUUUACAAAGUGUUGAUAAUUUAUUUCAAAAUUCAAGCGUCCAAUAUAGUAAAUUAAGAAAAGAAAGGAGAGUUAUGAAACCUUCAAAUUCUAUUAUAAAUGCGUCUUUGUGGCAUAAAAAACCUAAAAGUAAAAUUAAAAAUGAAUACCAAAGUGAUAAAGAAUACCUCCUCUUAGAUAACUACACUUACGAUUCUAGUAAUUCAUAUCGUGACGGAAUGGAAAGUUCCGAUUCUGAAGAAGAUAAAAAUGUUACAACCAGACCGAGUGAUAGUGAAAGCAGCGGGAGUUCAACGGAUAUUGAUGCUGCUGUGAAAGAAUAUAAAGAUAAAGUCAAAGUAUCAACAAGUAAUAAUUUUCCAGAACAAUCCUCGCCAACGUUAGCUCAUCAAACGAUAGUCUUUGUUGUUAUAAAAAUCGUUGUGAUUUCGGCGAUUUAUUUUGCUUUAAAUGUAUCUUCGAUGGAGAAAGGUGUUUACUGGUUAAUAUUUAUAAUCAUUUGUAUCUGUAUAGUAAUUUUAUACCUUUUACCUAAAAACGUACCGGAUGAACUACAAGCAUCAAAGCUAUAUCCAUUUUUACCAUCACUAGGAAUUUUAUCGAUUGUCUCAAACAUGACUUUAAUAACUUUAUUAUCAGAAGAUACUUGGCCUGGCAUUUUAUUUUGGUUAAUAUCGGGUUUCUUAUUAUAUUGUCAUUGUGCGUGUUGUUAUUGCGAUGAUCACAACGACAACAUCACGAUUUAUAGAAGAUCGGAACCUGCUUUCGUUGAGAUUGAUGAUCCGGAAGAAAGAUACGUCGAUACUGUAAUAAUACCUAGAUGACACAUAGAUGAAUCACCUUGAAUUUUUAUAAAUUCAUUUUUUUUCACCUAAAAAGUAUAAAAAUAAAAAGAAAUGGAAAAUUGUCGCUGUGUUGCGUUGCCUGAUGUUGAUAAGAAAAACGAAUUUAAUAUAUUCUUGUUGGCAAAAUAAAAUAAAACUACUAUAUUCACUCAAA